UCUCUCUUCGACUUUUUCUUUCUUUUAAUCACAAUUCAAAUUUAAAUUUCUUGACCAUUACUUUAAUUGUAGGAACAUUCAUGUAUAGUAAAUUUUAUUUGAUCUCUUUGUUCGACCAAAAAUCUUUCCUUGAUCUCUUUGCCCCAACCAAAAUCUUUUAAUCCCUUUAGUUUACUGUAUGCUAUCUGUGAUGAUGUAACUUGUAGGCUUCAUUUUUCAUAACAGGCUGGGCUCAUAGUACAUAUCAAAAACGUAAUGGGCCUAUUCCAUUUACAUAUGGGCCUAAAUUUCCUCAAGGUAACAUUCAUUAUUUUAUUCAAAGAAAUAUCCAUCGCCGAACCGAUGGCUUCGUCACCACUUCUCGCCACGUCACUACCGCAUAAUCAGUUAACCACCACCGCCACCGUAACCGCCGGUAGAUACCGCCUUCCGCCGCCAGAGAAACUUGCAGUUCUAAUCGAAAAAUCGAAAUCAGUAGAUGAAUUGCUCCAAAUCCACGCAGCUAUUCUCCGUCAUAACCUCCUCCUCCACCCUCGUUACCCGGUUUUAAACCUCAAGCUCCACCGUGGAUACGCUUCUCACGGCAAAAUUCGCCACGCGUUGGCUUUAUUUCACCAGACGAUCGAUCCAGAUUUGUUCAUCUUCACCGCCGCAAUCAACACUGCCUCUGUUAACGGCCUCCAUGAUCAAGCUUUCUCGCUUUAUAUUCGAUUGCUUUCUUCUGAAAUUGCCCCCAAUGAGUUCACUUUCUCGUCGAUUUUGAAAUCAUGCUCCACUGAGUCCGGAAAAGCUAUCCAUACCCAUGUUCUUAAACUCGGGUUGUGGAUGGAUCCGUACGUGUCGACUGGUCUCAUCGACGUUUAUGCGAAAGGAGGAGAUGUAACAUCUGCCCAGAAAAUGUUCGAUAGAAUGCCUGAGAGAAGUCUUGUUUCGUCUACAGCUAUGAUCACUUGCUACGUAAAGCAGGGGAACGUUGAGGCUGCGAGAGCUUUGUUCGAUAGAAUGUGUGAGAGAGACAUUGUUUCUUGGAACGUGAUGAUUGAUGGAUACGCUCAACAUGGGUUCCCUAGUGACGCUCUGAUGCUUUUUCAGAAACUGUUGGCGGAUGGAACAUCGAAGCCUGAUGAAAUAACCGUUGUAGCUACUCUCUCGGCUUGUUCGCAGAUUGGAGCGCUUGAAACUGGGCGUUGGAUCCAUGUUUUUAUCAAGAACAAUCGUAUUAGGCUCAAUGUUAAAGUAUCCACGGCUCUGAUUGAUAUGUAUAGCAAAUGUGGGAGCUUGGAAGAAGCAAGUUUAGUGUUUAAGGAGACUCCGAGGAAGGAUAUCGUGGCGUGGAAUGCGAUGAUUGCUGGUUAUGCAAUGCACGGUUAUAGCCAAGAAGCGUUGAAAUUGUUUGAUGAGAUGCGGUUUGUUACAGGGUUGCAGCCAACUGAUAUAACUUUCAUCGGAACACUUCAGGCUUGUGCUCAUGGUGGAUUAGUAAACGAAGGGGUGAGACUGUUUGAGUCAAUGGGACAAGAGUAUGGGAUUAAACCCAAGAUCGAGCAUUACGGAUGCUUGAUCAGUCUGCUUGGUCGUGCUGGUCAGCUGAAACGAGCUUACGAAAUCAUUAAAAACAUGAAAAUUGAAGCUGAUUCUGUCUUAUGGAGUUCUGUUCUUGGAAGCUGUAAACUUCAUGGAGAUUUUGUGGUAGGCAAGGAAAUUGCAGAGUAUCUCAUUGGACAAAACAUCACAAACUCAGGAAUCUAUGUUCUGCUUUCAAACAUAUAUGCAUCAGCGGGUGAUUACGAAGGUGUUGCAAAAGUGAGAAACUUGAUGAAGGAGAAAGGAAUCGUGAAGGAGCCUGGUAUAAGCACAAUAGAAAUCGAUAACAAAGUUCAUGAAUUCCGAGCUGGAGACAGAGAACACAUGGAAAGCAAGGAAAUCUACACAAUGCUAAGAAAGAUGAGCGAGCGGAUCAAGUCUCAUGGUUACGUUCCAAAUACAAACACGGUCUUGCAGGAUCUUGGAGAAAUAGAGAAAGAGCAAUCUCUACAAGUUCAUAGCGAGAGGCUCGCGAUUGCUUAUGGUCUGAUCUGUACCAAACCGGGAAGUCCCUUAAAGAUAUUCAAGAACCUACGAGUGUGUUCAGAUUGUCAUACAGUGACGAAACUGAUAUCCAAAAUCACGGGACGUAAAAUCGUCAUGAGAGAUCGGAAUAGGUUUCACCAUUUCACGGAUGGUUCCUGUUCUUGUGGCGAUUUCUGGUAAAAACGAACCAAACCGCUUACACAUUAUACUUUGUACAUGAAAACUGAUUUUUUAGUGAACAAAUUUACGAGUAAUAACUUUUCAAAAUUUCUUGAAGAAUGACUUUUUUUUUUUUUUUUUUUUUUUGACAAUCCAAUAAUUUGACUUUUUUAAUUCUCCCCGUUACUGUGUUUUGUUUUUCUAGAACAUUGAAGAAAUAUAUACGGGUCAAAGACAAUGAAGUCACAUAGUCAAUACUAAAAUCAAAAUUGGUUUUUGUUUUUA